AUGCUGUCCCGUACGGCCCGUCCGGCUCUCCGCGUUGCGGCUGCAGCUCCCAUCCGUGCUGCUGCCGCUCCCAACAGUGUCGCCGGCUAUGCGACGCUCCGUGAGAUCGAGGGUCGCCUCAAGUCGAUGAACAACAUGAAGAAGAUCACCAACACGAUGAAGGUCGUCGCCUCGACCAAGCUGACCCGCGCUCAGCGUUCCAUGGAGGACUCGCGCAAGUACGGCGAGUCGGCCAAUGUCGUCUUUGACGCCGCCGAGACCAAGACGGCCGCCGCCGCCGAGGGUGAGGAGGCCAACAAGUCCCUCAUCAUCGUCUGCUCCUCCGACCGUGGUCUUUGCGGUGGUAUCCACUCCGGUCUGAGCCGUCGCGUCCGCAAGCUCUUCGCCGAGGAGGGCCCCUCGGACCUCGUCAUCAUCGGCGAGAAGUGCCGCGCCCAGCUCUCCCGCUCCAACGCCAAAGAGAUCCAGCUCUCCUUCUCCGGCGUCGGUCGCAACGUCCCUACCUUCGCCGACGCCCAGACCAUCUCCGACCAGAUCUUGGCCCUUCCCACCGAGUACUCGAGCGUCAAGAUCCUCUACAACAGCUUCGUCAACGCUCAGAGCUACGAGGCCGAUUUCCUUGAGGCAUUUUCCGAGGAGGCCAUCACCCAGUCCCCCAACAUCUCCGCCUUCGAGGUCGAGGAGGAAGCCAUUGCCAACCUCCGCGAGUACUCUCUCGCCAACACCCUCUACUGGGCUCUUGCCGAGGGCCACGCUUGCGAGAUGUCUUCUCGUCGCAACGCCAUGGACAAUGCCACCAAGAACGCUGGUGAGAUGAUCACCAAGCUCCAGAUCCAGUACAACCGUACUCGCCAGGCCGUCAUUACCGGCGAGCUGGUUGAGAUUAUCACCGGUGCCACCGCCUCCGCCGACAUGUAA